GAGUGUCACUGUUUUACCGGGGAAAGGGGACACUCAUAUUUUACAUUUAGUCGCACGACAGCCACCGGCAAUGGUAUACUAAAUUUUUAACUGAAAGACGGAAUAUCUGCGAAAAUGACGGUGGAUUUUGAGGAAUGUAUUAAGGAUUCACCCCGAUUCAGGGCAAACAUUGAUGAAGUUGAGACUGAUGUUGUGGAAAUAGAAGCAAAGCUAGAUAAGUUGGUGAAGCUAUGCAGUGGUAUGAUCGAAGCGGGUCGUGCGUAUGUCAGUGCCAACAAGCUGUUCGUCAACGGCAUUCGAGACUUAUCUCACCAGUGCAAAAAAGAGGAGAUGAUCUCAGAAUGUCUUGAAAAGUGUGGAGAGAGCCUUCAAGAAAUCAUCAACUAUCACAUGAUCCUGUUUGACCAGGCCCAGAGGUCCAUAAAGCAACAGUUGCACAAUUUUGUAAAGGAAGAUGUUCGAAAGUUCAAAGAGACAAAGAAGCAGUUUGAUAAGGUACAGGAGGAUAUGGAGAUUGCCCAGGUGAAGAACGCACAAGCUCCUCGCAACAAACCGCAUGAGGUGGAGGAGGCCACAAGCACUCUCAUUACAACCCGAAAGUGCUUCCGACACCUCGCGCUGGACUAUGUGUUACAGAUCAAUGUUCUUCAAGCCAAAAAGAAAUUUGAAAUCCUGGACUCGAUGCUAUCGUUCAUGCAGGCUCAGUACACUCUCUUCCAGCAGGGCUUCAAUCUCUUGGAUGAGAUUGACCCUUACAUGAAGAAGCUGGCUGCUGAGUUGGAUCAGCUGGUCAUAGAUUCUGCAAUGGAGAAGAGAGAGAUGGAGCACAAACAUGCCACCAUACAACAGAGGACUUUGAUGCAGGAUUUUGCUUAUGAUGACUCCAAAGUGGAAUUUAAUGUGGAUGCUCCCAAUGGUGUGGUGAUGGAGGGAUACCUGUUUAAGAGGGCAAGCAAUGCUUUCAAGACAUGGAACAGGCGAUGGUUUUCAAUACAGAACAGUCAACUUGUCUAUCAGAAGAGGCUAAAAGAUGUCUUGACCGUGGUUGUAGAAGACCUAAGGCUUUGCUCUGUAAAACCAUGUGAGGACAUUGAGAGGAGGUUUUGUUUUGAAGUGGUUUCCCCUACAAAGAGCUGUAUGCUACAGGCUGAAUCUGAGAAACUCCGUCAAGCUUGGAUCCAGGCGGUUCAGGCGAGCAUCGCUUCUGCCUAUAGAGAGAUUUCUGAAAACUAUUACAUAGAGCGUUUAGAUAGAACAGCAUCUCCCUCCACGAGCAGUAUAGACUCUGCCAGCGAGCCAAGGGAGCGUAUUAUUAGGGGAGAGAGUAUUCUACAGCGGGUCCAGUCUCUUCCAGGAAACGAGAUCUGCUGUGACUGCGGUCAGGCUGACCCGCGCUGGGCCAGCAUCAACCUGGGCAUUCUGCUCUGUAUCGAGUGCUCUGGCAUUCACAGGAGUUUGGGUGUCCACUGCUCUAAGGUUCGGUCUUUAACUCUUGAUACAUGGGAACCAGAGCUUAUGAAGUUAAUGUGUGAGCUUGGCAACACAGUAAUCAACCAGAUUUAUGAAGGCUCAUGUGAAGAACAGGGACUAAAGAAACCUGGUCCCAACAGCUCAAGGCAAGAGAAAGAAGCGUGGAUCAAAGCAAAAUAUGUGGAGAGGAAGUUUUUGAAGAAGAUGUGUGGCUCAGAGGUCUUGGUGGAGGGCAGCAGAAAAUUACAUCAUUGGAACGUGAAAAAGUGCAGGAGGUACAACAGCUCCAUCAGAGAAAUCAGAGAAGCUCCUAAAACACGACGGAGAUACAGACACGACACUGGCAUUGUGUCGCCUGGAAAACUUUCUGCUGCUGCUGCAGCCGCAAAGUUUAGAAGAGAAUCUUUGUUCUGUCCAGAUGAACUUGAUUCCCUCUUCUCUUACUUUGACACAGGCUCAGGGCCUCGUAGUCUCAGCAGUGACAGUGGGCUUGGCGGCAGUACUGAUGGCAGCACGGACAUCCUGGUAUUCGGCUCAGUGGUGGACAGUGUCACUGAGGAGGAGUGUGAAGACUCUGAUGAGUCCAGUGGGGAGGUUGAUAUCGAGCAGGAAGCUUCAGAUCCGGAGGACUUGCGAGAGCUUGACCCAAGCACACUGCUCCAUAAAGCGUCACGUGCCAGGAACCUGCCAGUCAUGGCUGAGGCACUCGCACAUGGUGCAGAUGUCAACUCUGUCAAUGACGAGGAUGAAAGCAAGAGUCCAUUAAUACAGGCCAUCUUAGGGGGUUCUCUGAUAGCUUGUGAGUUCCUGCUGCAGAAUGGAGCAGAUGUGAAUCAGAAGGAUGUACGAGGACGGGGACCCCUCCACCACGCCACAUGUCUGAGUCACACAGGACAGGUGUGUUUGUUCCUAAAGCGAGGAGCUUCUCAAUUGGAGAUCGAUGAGGACGGGCAGGACCCUCUCAGUAUCGCCGUCCAGGCAGCCAACGCAGACAUAGUCACACUAUUGCGGUUAGCUCGGAUGAAUGAAGAGAUGCGGGAAGCGGACGGUCCCUUCGGACAGCCAGGUCAAUAUCCCAGCAGCAGUCCCACAGAACAGCAGUACAAAAAGUGUAUUCAGGAGUUUAUCUGCCUCACCAUUGAUGAAUGCUAGGGGGCGCUCUCGAGCAGUGAUAGACUAUGGGGAGAAGGACAUUUUAAGUGUGUAGCUUUAGUAAGGAGCGAGUGAAAUGUUCAACCUCCUCCCUCCCGACCAGUCACCUGACCAGUUAGUUUACACGUUGUGUUCGUAUGUAUGUGGCUAACACAAAAUAAUGAAAUGAAACCGCUAUUUGCAGUAUGUGACAGGCAGAGCUGUAUUGAAUUUAUGUGCAUCAUGCCAACGUGAUGUUAAUCGUAAUAUAAUAAUGAAUUGAAUGAAGUGAUGGAUUAAUGGGCCAGCUUCAUCUCAUUAGAUUGAGCUAAAGUUCAUUUCGUAUGAAUUUGAAUUCAUUCGUGAUUCAGAACGGGUUUUCCUAUUGUUACUGAGUCAACAUGUUCAAAAUAUGACUGUGCGCACUUUUCCUACCGACAGUAUUUGUUUUUUAAAGAGUAAAGAGUUUUUCUUUUUGUUUGCUAUUCUGCCUCAUGUUAAUAUUUAAUGUUUGUUGUGCUUUUAUUUAUGUUCCAUCCUGAGGAUUAGUGCAAUGAUAACUGGAAUAGAACUCAAAAAAACAAUCGGUAUUCAUGUAAAUUUUUCUUAUUCAGUAAGGUACUGAAGGCAUUUCCAUUUGUCUAAUUAAACUUUUGACAUCUUUUGCUUUUGGAAAAACACUUCAAGACUCAACUGAACCAGCUGUAGGCCUACUCAUCAGUCGCCCCCAUACGCUAAUGAAACGGGUGUUUUUCGACCCCUUUAAUGUUUUAGAGAGAUGCCAACUAUUCAAAAUUAUUUAUAGAACCUAUUAAAUUGGUCUGUUUUAUAUAUUUGUACUUGUAUUGCCAAGCUCCCAAAUGACUGUAACGUGAUUUUUAUUGUAAACCGCUUGUCUAGAGCAGUACGUCUGAAGAAGUAGUCCGUAUUUGCAUGCUUUUACUCGCUCGCAUACCAAGGCAAAUGUGCCUGUCUGUAUUAGCAAGCAUGGUUCCUUAUUUUAGCCACCUGAUUCUGUAAUUAUGUGAAAAUGCAUGACUGCAGAUGACAUCUGCUUUGUGUUUUCCAUUUUUGUUUUUUAUGCAGAUGAUCCCAGUUUUAAGACUAUGUCAGCUUGAAGUUUCAAACAGGCACUCAUGGGUCAGAAGUGGGGGUGUGGUUUAAUGCGUCAGUCACUUGGUGAUCAGUACAGUGUCGGCAUAUGAACAGAUUUUUCUUUUUCUUCUUAAUUGAAAGAAAAAAACCCAAUGAAAAACUUUGCUUGGAGGAUGGAAAACAUUUUCAGAAACCUUCGGUCCACUUAUUUUUUUUUAAAUGUGAGAAUAGAGAGAGUGCAGAAAAUAGGUAGUGUUGAAGGCCUUGUAAGGGACCAGUUCAGUGGUUGUAGCUGGAUUUUCUUUUUUUUUUUUUUUUUUUUUUUUAAAUGUCGACCUGAAAAAUGCUUUUUAUCUGCUGUGCUGUGAAUAUGCUUUGAACUGUUCUCGAAUUGCUUGCUCUUUCUCUUCAUUCAGCUGUGGUUCUUUCAUUCAAACCUUUAACUCAUUUUCUCUCACAUCAUUCGGUAUAAUCUGUUUUCACUCUGUUAGGUACCAUUCCGUGUUUGAAAAAAUUCUUGUAUUGUUUGUAUGGCAGAAAUCGUAAAAAAAAAAAAAAAAAUAAAUAAA